AUGUUGGAAGCAAAGUCUGAUUACAACCGGUCAAUUUUAGAUUAUUUAAAUGAGGACUGCUGGCGCGUCGUGCUAAACUAUGUUCCAAUCCUGGAUAUAAUACGAACCGAGCGAGUUAGCCGGCGGUGGCAACGCGCUGUGCUGAUUUAUUUGCGAGGAAUCCGUUUCCGUAUAAUUUCCGUCGAUGAGGAAUAUGAGGAAAAGAAGAACAAUAUUGAAUCCCAUUCUUUUAUACGCAGUUUGAUAUUGUCAUGGUAUGGUCGUGGUAAUAAAAACUAUGAUUCAUUCGCAAAGUGGACUAACAAACUAGGUGCGUCAGUUGUGGCUACUUACUGCAAAGAUCUCGAGACUUUAAAAAUAAUGAAAGCACACUGUCCUAAUUUGGAAGCUCUAACAUUGCUCCAUGUGUAUUACCUACCUGAGUCCAGAGAGGAAAUAACCCCUUAUACUCUUAAGGAAGACUUCAAAUGCCUGAAAAAAGUUUGUUUCAAUGGAAGUCACGCUUCAGACGAAUACGUUAGCCAAUUCAUGGGUGACAGAGCUUUGGAAGAAUUAGAAUUCAAAAGUUGUUAUGAGAUCACUGGUCAAUGUUUGAAUAUUGUAAACAUAUCAAAGUUAAAGUCUCUUGUUUUUGAUAUAUGCUAUAACCUAAAGUCUCAGCACAUUAUUUCAGCUAUGAGCCAACUAAAUGAGCUGACUAAGCUGGUGCUGAAUGAUGUUCCUAGUGAAUUAUGUAGUGAUAUUCAGUUAGUGCUGAAUAAACUGGCCAAAUUAGAAUGGUUAGAAAUAAAUGAAACUACAGGUUGUGUAUAUAGCCAUGCAAGAACAGAUCAGCCUAGUCUCUUACAUGUUGAGCCUCUUUGUCAACUGGGUAACUUGAAGUACCUAAGUAUAGGUAUUAAAGUUACUGAUAAUGUUAUUGAAACCGUAACAGAGGGCUGCAAAGAGCUAACACGACUUGAGUUGUCUAAUUGCGAGGAUCUCAGCUCACAGGCUGUGAGGGCAAUUUGUCAAAAUGCAGGAGUGAGGCUUACCACACUUGGGUUGCAUGCCUUUGACUCUCUUACUGAUGAUGAUGUGGUAUUGUGCAUAAGUGGUUGUCCCAAGCUCACAUGCCUGUCCAUAAGUGGCACAGAUGAGUUAACACCAGCUCUACUUGCACGGGCAGCUGCUGUUCGAGGUACCCUGCACCAGCAGCAUCGCUUGCACUUUAUCAUCAGAAACACUAAUCUGAGUUUCUGUCGUAAAGAGAUACAGACAGACUACGAAAACCUGAUUCUGGAGAUUGAUUAACAAAAUAGAGAACUUAAAGGGGCAGUUUUAGAAAAUGCAUGGCACAUCUCUUUAGAUUAUAAUUAAUGAUCUAAAAACUUAAUUAGUUACUGACAAUCUGGCAUAACUCACACCCAGGGCCGGAUUAAGGGUAGAGCGAGUGGAGCGGCCGCUCUAGGCGCCGAAUGGUAAGGGGGGCGCCGAAAUCGUCAUUACGUGGGCGCACACAUAGUCUAAAUUGGCGAGAGGAGCCGGGAUCGAAUUUUGUUUAGCUUGUUAAAGUCUAGAUUUGUGAUUCUGAUUAUCUGAAAAGUUGCACCACAAUGCCAAAAUGUACAACAUUCAUAAGGUGGGAGCUGUUGCUAGGGCGCCGUGAAAGAUGAUUCUAAUAGCUCUUGACGAACCACGUUGUUGCGACGCCGAGCGACAAAGUUACGUCGCUAUCCAAAUGACAUGACCGACAAUCCAAAGCGGAGUCCCUCUUAAAGCCAGAGGCGCAAAACGUCUCAGAGGGGCGCAAUUUUGUAUGAAUCAAAGGAGCGUAAGCGUGAUGAUGAACGAACUUCUAAUCACUAGGAAACCGAAGGGCACAUGGCAAACCACCGAUACCCAUUAUGGCAUCCCGACGCUGACUACCGAGUUACUGUGGCCUAAUUAAUUCUUAGUGUUAU